UCACGGAAGAUUCCAGUUUAGGAAGUCCUCGAGUCAUUUUCCCGUAGUGCCGUUUCCUCUCGCGAAACCAUCUCUCCGCCAGCCGAUGUAGCGCGGGCUUCACGCGACAGCGCCACUGGUCCGGCGGGGUAGAAGUCUAAGUUUUGAGGCGCCUCAAAACUCGUCUCUCGUAACCGGCGCUUGCGCGAGAUUUGCGCGACAGCGUCGCUGGGGGGGGGAUAACUCACGCGGGGGGUCGAUUCGCGGGCGCGAACUGGCAGCGCGCGCGCGUGCAUGCAGCAUUGCAGCAGGGCCUCGCGAACUGCCAGGUCGCGUCGCCAUUACUAGAGACGGGAGGGUCCGGGGAAGCCCGACACACAAAGGAGGGGGGGAGUCGCGGAAGCCCGCGAACGGCUCGUUCGCAGCGUGACAACCGCGUUUCAGCAGGCAUCGAUAGGGCCGGCGUUUCAUCCUAUUACGAAACCCGGAGCCUAGAAGAUUCGACGCGGCUCAGAGUUGCAACUUGCAACUCGAACGCUGAUCACCAGGUCUCAAAAGGGCCGUUUCAUCUCCUCUCAACGGGCCGUUUCAUCUCCUUUCGGGAGCCCGCGCCAUCAUGCGCGUUAAUGUACAAUACUGAAUCCGCGUCGGGUGCUGCUUUUGUACACACUAUAUCUUUAACCUCUGCGAGCGAGUGAACGCACGGCGAUAGCAUUGCGACACGAAUUCUGCUGCGCACGGCCGCCGCAGCUGAAGCAGCAGAAGCAGCAGAAGCAGCAGAAGCAGCAGGAGUAGCAGAAGCAGGCGCUGCCUGGGAACGUACGGUCGACGGGGGGAUCCUGCUAGUGGACGGGGCGACGCGUGAAACAGCUCUCAGCAGCAGCGCAGUUGUAGGGGUCGGGGGGUGUUGGGGGUGUCGGCGGGUGUCGGGGGGGGUCGGGGGUGUCGGGGGGUGUCGGCGGGGGGUCGGGGGGUGUCGGGGGAUGAAGCAGAAGCAGGCGCGAGGGAUACGUUGGACGAAUAUGCACAGUUUCUAGGAGACGGCGAGGUAGGAGGAGUGGUUGGGAGGAGAGGCUAGGAGGAGGCGGUAGAGAAAGAGGAGGGAGAAUCAGCUCCUAGCCACCGUUGCCAGGAGAAGUUACCACCCGAACGGACGACGGCUAGGAGGGGGUGAUACUUGAUCCCUCCAGCAGCAUCUGUCCGUUAGUAGUUCCCCUUCCCCCGUCCGCCCGCGCUAGAGUUUUCCUGCGCGGCCUGUUAGGCUUUAAGUCUGAGUUUGAGCUGUACAGCUGGGCCCGUUUCAGUCGGUGUUCAGCUGGGCCCGUGCUUCUCCAUUACCACCCUAGUGACUGGCCUCCUAAGGCCCCGCGUUUAGAAAGUGACUUGUCUAUUUAUUUAUUUAUCAAGAACGUGAUGGCGACACCUGGGUGCCGCCGCCGCAAGUUAAUAUCCACCAUGCGUCCAUCCCUGCUCCUCCUCCUGCUGCUGCUCUCCCUCGCCUCUCCGCCCUUUCCGCUGCUGCUGCUGAUGCCGCCGGAACGAAUUCAGGCGCGCCGGAGAGUGCACCCAAACCCGGUGGGAGUCUGACCAAUCGCAGCCCGCCACCGCCGCCGCCGCCGAUUAGCAUUUCAUUCGACGAAAACGGCAACCCAGUGGGCCCCAACGACGUGGCUUUCCAGCGCUACGUGCCGCCGUCCCGCCGCCCCCGUCGCCGCCCCCGCCAGUUGUCUCUUUCAUGCAGGGAACGUACAUCAACUGCGGCAGUAACGAGUCGCUUGCCAACCCGCUCUACACCUGGGCGGCCGAUACUUUGUCGGGCAGCUUCGGGCGGAGUUUCAAGGCGCGAGUGGUGAAAACGAGCAUGACUGAGAAGGUUCCUGCGGGCAGGAUGGGGUAUGGGAAGGUGGAGUUCACUGAGACUGGGCUCAUCAAGACGCCCCCUGGGGUGGAUGCACGCGUGUUUGAGACGGUGCGACACUUUGAUGAGGCGGGACGCAACGUGUCGACCUACUCUGUGCCG